CAAACAGAAGAUAAUGGCAGUCAAACGCCCUAAUCUACAGGUCACUACUUCAAUUGUAAAAUAUGAUAAAGCACAAGAAGCUCAAGCAAAUAUUUCUGAGUUGGGGUCUACCUGUCCCACCGUGUGUCCUACAGGCAGCACAUAUCCCAUAUGGGAAUUAGUUACAAGUGUCAUGGAAUGUUGGGAAAUCCGGGGCGUUUCUCUAUUCAGGGGAGAGCAGAGUCCACAGGUCCAACGAGGAUCAUACAGAGCCGGAGCCACGUGCCAAACAAGGAGGGAAUUUAUUUGCCCACCAAGGCAGCAGGUCUGUUACACCCACUCCAAGGUACAGAUUCCAGCUGGAGAGAGCAUGACAUGGCGGAAUUUUCUAUAAGAAGAUACAAGAGCAGUGACUAUGAUACUGUUCGCCUCAUAUUUGCACAGGGGAUGAUGGAGCAACUCCCAGCCACCUCUUUCUAUCUGCUGAAACUUCCCCAGAUCCAGGUCCUUCUAUUCAUUCCAUUCAUCACUUUAUAUCUGCUUUCCAAGUCCUACACAUUCUCCUUUGGAAGCCUGGCCCUCCUGAUGGCCACUGGUUGGUAUGGCAUGAAGUCAAUCUUCUCCCAGUAUGUGAAUAAGUGCCACAGAGCAGACCUGUUGGACAUUGAGAAAUCCUAUAUGAUGGCCAACAAUUCCUGCUUCUGGGUGGCAGAGUCUGAGGGGAGAGUAAUUGGAAUGGUGGGAAUCCAACCAACCCAGGAUUCCAAGGAUGCCAUGGUCCUCCGGAGACUCUCUGUUGCUUCUGAGCAGCGGGUGCGGGGCAUUGGCAAGGCCCUUUGCAUGAAAGCCAUUGACUUUGCCAGGCAGCGUGGGUACCGGCGUGUGAAUCUGGACACAUCUAUGAUCCAGCGCGCCGCUCACAGGCUGUAUGAAGGAAUGGGCUUUGAGAAAACCAAUGUCAAAAUCGCUCCCGGCAUUACUACUAGAUUCACAAACUUCUCUGUUUUCUAUUACACGUACUGGAUAGAAUAAUCAUGGCCUGUCACCUCAAUGGCACCAUUAUUGUAUAUGGUUUAGCCCACCAUUAUUGUAUAUGGUUUAGCCCACCAUUAUUGUACUGUAUAUGUAUAUGUGACUGUUUGGGUCACUGCUAGGGGUACAAUUCUAGCAAACAGUUUAAAUUGUAAGCUGUAGUGAUCAGGGCCCUUCAAUCCUAUUGUUAUUCUAUAACCCUGGUCUGUUGAAUGAUUUAAGACUUCUGUUUGAAUGUAAAGUGCUGUGUAACUUGCUGGUGCUUUAUGGAUAAAUGAUGAUGAUGAUGAUAAACUA